UGGUGAUGGCUCAGCGAGACACUCAGCCCCGUCACUUCAGUGGAGUUGGUUUGUUGUUCAGGGGCUUUCUGGGGUUUCAGUGCCAGGUUCUGACAGUGAUUGGCUUCCUGUAGUCUUUUUCUGUGUGUGGUUACACGAAGACAGCAACAUGAAAAGGCUUGAGAACCUUUUGCUAUGGAACUUGAUGACUGCGGCAAUCAUCGUGAGUCAAGCAAGGCCAAACAUGAAGUUUAAUUUGCAGUCAAACAGUGGUUUGAAGUCAGACUGUGCGGGUAAUCUAAUGAGGCUGACGUUGGACAAGGCUCUAGCAGUGGGCAACCAGCUGGAGGUGGAAGCCAUCAAUGGCACCCAACAUGUUGUGUUAACACCCACCUUGGCUGCUCAGUGUGGAUACAGCAUGGAGUCUGACCCGUGGGGUAACACCAGAAUCUACAUUUCUUUGAUGGCCUGCUAUGUGGACAACAAAGAAGAUGCAACAUUUAAUGCUGGCCUGAGACUCAAAAUGUACAGCCAGAGUCCAUCAGAUGUCGUUAGUCAUGAUGUGAUGCAGACAUGCAGCUACAGUCGCUGGGCCUCCAGAGAGAUUCUCUGCGACAGGAACUACAUGGAAGUGUCCAACUACAUGGCUAAACCUGAUGAUGAAGCUAAGGGGCAGGCUCAGCAAGACCACUCAAAGAACAAUGCCAUUCCUGAUGCCUCUGAUGUGUCACAUGGUAUCUGGAAGAUGACAUUUUACACUCCAGAACCGGUGUCAAUGGUGCUGAGGGAGGCUGAACAAGCUGGCUAUGGUGCCAGGAUGACCUCUAACCGUCUGGUUAUGCGUAGCCCGUACAAUACAGCAGAGACUUAUUCAGAGGAUGUAGCUGGAGUGCCCAUGGAAGUUUUCAGGGUGAGCGCUUACUACAAGGCACCACAUGGUCUGAAUACAGUGAACUGGGCAGCUGCUUGUCCCACAGGUGGAGUCCUCUUCUCUGAGAACAUAAUCUCUUGGCACGUGCCUCGCCGUCUGACUCCUCUGAUGGAUGGCAGCUUUAAAAUCCUAGAAAUGCACAUGGGCAUCAAUGGGCAGAGGCUAGAUAAAUCGCAGAUGGCCACACGGGGGUACACACUAUCUACCACAGACUUCCACAUCGUCGUUGAGAUCCCAGUGGGCUCGCCUGACGGUUACUACAAGAGCCAUGCCCCAGAUUACCAGUACCACACUACAUACACUGUGGAGCCCAUGCUUGAGGUACUGUGGACAGACACCCAAGAUGAUACCAGAUACAAGGUUUUGUUCCCGAUCACCACCCCUCUGAUGCCUCGACCUCCCAGUUUCCAAGACAAUACUGUCCCAGAGGACCGGGUGUUCAGUGUUCUCUUGGGGACAUUCCUUCAUGAUGUGGAGCUGAGGAACAUCACCUUCUCCACUGGGGUUCUCACUGUUGAGGAGUGCCAUGCCAGAGGUUUUACAGUCCAGGAGCACAGCUUCCCCAAUGGCACAAAGGGCUUCUCUCUACAAGUGCCCUUUGAUGCAGAUGUUGUCCUGAAGCAUAAUCCUGAACCCUUGGUUACAGUGUACUUCCUCCCUCUGAUCUUUGGGUUUAUCAUCCUACCUGAAGACACUCCAUUUGCCCACCCAGUUGACUUGCAGGCUUCUCUGCAGGAUGUUGUGCUACCCACAAUCACUGGCAACUGUGACCAGAACAACUUUUACAUCAGUGUGAAAUUUGGCAGUCAAGGCAACAAUUUCCAGGCCAUGGUUGGACCUCAACAGCUAACACCUGAGUUAGCCCAGGCCUACAAUUACCAAGAGAAUAGCACACACUGCACUGUCAUCGUGCCAUACACUGCCAUGGGCACGGCAUUCGAGCUGAUUACCUCGUAUUCACUCAGAGCCAGAAUCGACGUGCUGCUGUUUGACCCUAACAACAACUGGGCACUGGCUGAUCUCUAUCUGUCCUGCAACUUCCCCAUGAUAACAACUGAGUGCUACCCCAAUGGAACAAUGACUGCUUGGGCAGUAAAGGUGGAAUCUGUGCCCAAUCUCAUCCCAAGUUCGCUGACUCUAAAGGACAAGUCCUGCAAACCAGUGUUCAGUGAUGAUCGCUUUGCAUAUUUCUCCUUCAGCGCAGAUUCCUGUGGGACCACUAGACUGUUCUUUGGCCACUACAUGCUGUAUGAAAAUGAGAUUGGCCUGAAUUACAAUGGCGGCAAAGGAGUAGCCUACACAUCACCAGUCGAUCCGGAUUACAAGCAAACGGUUUCCUGCUACUACAUGGUCAAUGAGACUCAGACUGUCGCCUUCAACUAUAAACCAAGAAACACUGAGCCCACAGCAGAGAUUGGUUCAGGGCAGCUGGUCGUGCAAAUGAGGCUUGCCCAAGAUUCAUCAUAUGAGAUCUUCUACCAAGAUGAAGAUUAUCCAGUAGUGAAAUAUCUCAGGCAGCCUCUGUACUUCGAGGUGGAGCUCGUUCAGUCUACUGACCCACAGUUGGAGCUGAUCUUGGAAAGCUGUUGGGCCACACUGAAUGAAGACAGGACAUCUCUGCCCAGCUGGGACAUCAUUGUGGACAGCUGUGAGAACCAGGAUGACAGCUAUGCAACCAUCUUCCAUCCUGUCAUGAGUGACGCAAGGGUUGCAGUCCCAUCGCACUUCAAACGCUUCUCUAUGAAGAUGUUCACCUUUGCUAAAGAUGAUGAGAUUCUAAAAGAUGAGAUUUACGUCCACUGUGAUGCAAUGAUUUGUGACACAAACAGCAGAGCAGACGGCAUCUGCAGAGGCCAGUGUGUGGCUUCUAAAGGCAUGAGUAACUCCAGACAUCAAGGAAUUAAAGGAGUAAAAAGGGAGCGAAGAAGUACAGACUCUACCCUCCAUAGGAGUCUCUCCUCGGGACCAAUUCUUCUAUUGGACUCUAAUCUAUAAUAAAAAGUUUCUUAAAAUGU